AUGUCAAGAUUGUCAACUAAUCAAGUUGACAAUCUAUUGUCAGUCAUGGUUCCAAAGCACGAAUAUUUAUUAUAUGAAAUAGAAUCUACAGAUACUAAUAGCAUAGGCCUUGUUUUCAGAGCAAUUUAUGAUGGUCAUGAGCAUCAGAAAUUUAUGGAAAAACUUGAUGAACGUAUCAAAGCACAUGAUAAAGAUAUUGAAAGAAUGUGCAAUCAUCAUUAUCAAGGUUUCAUUGAUUCAAUUAGAGAACUCCUGCAAGUUCGUUCUCAAGCGCAACAACUAAAUGCUGAAAUAUUGGAACUUGAUAAACGUAUCACUGCCACUGCUACCAGAGUAAUAGAAAAAGGAGAAGAACUUGUGAAAUCGCGCAAAGUAGAAAGUAAUAUGGCUGCUGCAGUAGAUAGUCUCACCAUGUGUCUUCCUGUUUUAGCUGCUUAUGCAAAAUUGCAAAAACAAUUAAAAGACAAGCGUUAUUAUCCAGCUUUAAAAACUUUGGAGCAACUAGAGCAUCAUGACUUACCAAAAGUAACAAAUUACAGAUUUUCUUCACAAAUUACUCAACAAAUUCCGCAACUACGUGAAAAUAUAAAGGAUGCUUCCAUGUCUGAUUUAAGAGACUUUUUAGAAAAUAUUAGAAAACAUUCACCAAAAAUUGGUGAAGUAGCUAUGAGACAUACACAAGAACAGUUGAUUGUUGAAGCAGAAAUUAUUGGCCGAAAAAAGAAGAGAUCACAUACAACAAAUUCUUUGUCAAAUGAAUCAGAAGAAGAAUUAAGUGCACAAGACUUAAUGGAUUUUAGUCCUGUUUAUCGCUGCAUGCAUAUUUAUACCGUACUUCGCGAAGGAGAAACAUUCAAGAUAUAUUAUAGACAACAAAGAAAACAACAAGCUAGAUUAGUGUUACAACCACCUAUUAAUAUGCAUGAGAGUAUAAGUGGUUAUCAAACAUACUUACAAGGUAUUGUAGGAUUUUUCGUAGUAGAAGAUCAUAUUUUAAAUACCGGUAAUGGUUUAGCUACACGCGUUUAUUUAGAUGAGUUGUGGCAAAUGGCAUUAUCAAAAAUCGUGAAUGCAUUACGCACGCACUCCGCUUAUUGUACGGAUGCGACACUUAUUUUAAAAAUAAAAAAUCUUAUAAUGUUAUUCAAUACAACAUUAAGGAAUUAUGGGUAUUCUGUAGGUCAACUUUGGGAUUUAUUACAAGAAAUUAGAGUACAUUAUAAUGAAGUUCUAAUGCAACAUUGGGUUCAAGUAUUUAGAGACAUUUUAGACGAAGACAGUUUUUUACCAAUUCAGGUCACAAUGCAAGAAGAAUAUGACAAUGUUCUUGAUUUAUUUCCAUAUCAUGAUGAGGAAUUACAGAAAAUAGAAUUUCCUAAAAAAUUUCCAUUCUCAGAUAUGGUACCAAAAGUUUAUCAACAAGUAAAGGAAUUCAUUUAUGCUUGUUUAAAAUUUUCUGAAGAUUUAAAUUUUACUCAAACAGAAAUAGAUGAAAUGAUUUGCAAAUCGACUAAUUUAUUAUUAACAAGAACAUUUAGUGGGUGUUUAUCAUCACUAUUUCGAAAACCAUCAUUAGCACUUUUACAAGUGGUUCAGAUUAUAAUAAAUACUGGUUACCUUGAAAAAUCUACGAAAUAUUUAGAAGAAUUUGUAUCUAAUAUUACAGGAACACCACACGAAGGACAAUUGAGUUGUGUGGGUGUUGAAUCAGCUAUGUUUAGAGUUGCGAGGGAUGACGCUGAAAAACAGAUUUGUGAGAAAUUAAAAAAUAAACUUGACGAAUUUUUAGAAUUAGAAAAUUAUGAUUGGAACUUAGCAGAACCCCAAGGACAUGCGUCUGGUUUUAUUACCGAUCUCAUAGCGUUUCUGCAAAGUACUUUUACAUGUUUUACUAAUUUACCGGAUGAGGUUGCACAAGUUGCCUGUAAAUCUGCUUGUUCUCAUAUAGCAAAAUCUAUAUUAGGAAUAUUAGUUAGUGAAGACGUGAAACAAAUAUCUAUGGGUGCUCUUCAACAAGUCAAUUUAGAUACAAUACAAUGCGAGCAAUUUGCUGCCUCAGAACCUGUUUCUGGUUUACCCGAAGGUACCUUACUUCAACAUUUUGCACAAUUAAGACAAUUACUAGACUUAUUCAUGAGUUGGGACUGGCCUACUUAUUUUCAUGACUAUGCCCAUGAGUCAAGUAAAUAUCAUCUGGUAACUCCAAACAUGGCUGUACUUUUGUUAGAGAAAUUAAAAGAAUCUGAUAAAAAAACAGUAUUUUCCGUAUUAAAGAAAAGUGAGCGGGAUAAGAAAAAACUCUUAGAAACUGUGUUGAAACAGUUACGUCAAUUAGCACAAACUACUCAGCAGUAAAUGAAAGUAAAAGUCAUUAUGUAUAUACCUCAAAAAGAGAUUGUAAAUACAUAAAUUUUAAUAUAUAAAUACGCUUGAAACAUAAUUAUUUAGAAACUUGUUAUUAUAAUAAAAUGAUUGUGACAAAAUUUUCAUUGAUCAGUCAUAUGUUCCUUAUAUUGUCAUGAUACACUUGAUCGUUAAUAUAGUGAUUUCAGUGCUAUGCAAUGGUUUACUCUUUACUGUGCUCAUUUCAGUAUGGUAUCAACCUUUCGAUGUUUAGUUAUAUUGCAACCAUCUCUUUUUCUUUCAUACUUAUCAAAUACUUUAUGAAAUAUCAAAUUUCAGGCAAUAAAAUAUAAUACAUCACUUAAGUUCCCAUUACACUU